AUGCGCUGGGUGCGGAGGGGAGGCUGCAGGGACCGCGUGUGCCCCGCCGCCCUGCGCGCCUGCCCGCCGGUAAGGCGGAUUCUCCCGCUCUCCGUUGCAGAGACCCUAGUGAAGCAGCUCGCCUCCUACGAAAUAGUGACGCCCGUGCGAGUGAACGAGUUCGGCGAGGUCUUCCCGCACACGCAGCACUACCGGCGCAGGAAGCGGAGCGCGGAGGCGCCGCCGGAGCCGGCGGCGGGGCGGGCGCUCUACGAGCUGCGCGCCUACGGGCAGCGCUUCCAGCUCAACCUGAGCGCCGAGGCGGCCUUCAUCGCGGCGCGGUUCCGCGUGGCGCACGUGGGCGCCCCACGGCAGCGCCGCGCCGCCGACCUGCGCCACUGCUUCUACCGGGGCCACGUCAACGCGCGCCGCGCGCACACGGCCGUCCUCAGCAUCUGCGGGGGCUUGAUGGGCACCUUUAAGACACAUGAUGGUGAAUAUUUUUUAGAACCUCUGAUGAAAGCAGAUGGAGAUGAACAUGAAGAAGAACAUAACAAACCACACCUCAUAUACAGGAAUGAAGAAUUUAAAAGAAAAUUUCAGAAAUCCCAUAAACCUUGUGAAGUUUCAGAAAAAGAAUCGAAGAAAAGCACUUUAUUACAUCCAAACUUCAGCAGUUUACAUGAGGAGUUAAAAGUUUUACAGAAGUCCCCUGUUUUAGACUAUGCUUUUAAAAACCUGUCUCUGGAGGAUGGGAGCAGUAAUCGACAUUCCCGGAAAAGGCGUUUUCUUUCCUACCCAAGAUAUGUAGAAGUGAUGGUUACAGCCGACACCAAAAUGGUCCGUCAUCAUGGGCAGAAUUUACAGCACUAUAUAUUAACACUGAUGUCAAUAGUUGCAGCAAUCUAUAAAGAUUCAAGUAUUGGAAAUCUUAUAAAUAUAGUUAUUGUAAAGUUAAUUGUAAUUCACAAUGAACAGGAAGGACCAGCUAUUACUUUUAAUGCAGCUACCACUCUUCGUAAUUUUUGCUUAUGGCAGCAAGCACAAAACAUUUUGGAUGAUGCUCACCCUUCCCACCAUGACACCGCUGUUCUUAUCACUAGGGAAGAUAUCUGCAGAGCUAGAGAAAAGUGUGAUACUCUUGGUUUAGCAGAGCUAGGUACAAUGUGUGACCCACUACGCAGCUGUUCUAUAAGCGAAGAGAACGGAUUAAGUGCUGCUUUUACGAUAGCACAUGAACUUGGACAUGUAUUUAAUGUGCCUCAUGAUGACAGUUUUAAAUGUAAAGAAGCUGGAAUUAAACAUCAAUACCAUGUGAUGGCUCCAACUUUAAAUUACCAUACAAGUCCAUGGACAUGGUCAAAAUGCAGUCAAAAAUAUAUCACUGAAUUUCUUGAUACUGGUUAUGGUGAAUGUCUCCUAGACAAACCGAGUGGAAGAAUUUAUGAUCUUUCCUCUCAGCUGCCUGGAUCAAUGUAUGAUGUCAAUAAGCAGUGCGAACUUAUGUUUGGUCUUGGGUCACAAGUAUGCCCCUAUCUGAAACAAUGCAAACGCUUAUGGUGCACAAGCACGGAAGGAGUUCACAAGGGCUGUCGGACUCAGCACAUGCCUUUGGCUGACGGCACGGCCUGUGGUGUGGGAAUGCACUGCCGCCAUGGAAUUUGUGUGAGCAGAGAAAUGGAGACACGUCCUGUAGAUGGAGAAUGGGGACCUUGGGGACCGUAUAGUUCGUGUUCAAGAACAUGUGGAGGUGGAAUUAAGAGCACCACCAGGCUAUGUAAUAGACCGGAACCAAGAAAUGGAGGAAAGUACUGUGUUGGCCGCAGGAUGAAAUUUCGAUCAUGUAAUACUGAUUCCUGUCCAAAGGGCAAAAAAGAUUUCCGGGAACAACAGUGCUCUGAAUUUGAUGGCAAACAUUUUAACAUCAAUGGUCUUACCUCUGCUGUUCGCUGGCUUCCAAAAUAUAGCGGUAUUUCUAUGAAAGAUCGCUGUAAGCUUUUUUGCCGAGUUUCUGGAACAACUUCCUACUAUCAGCUGAAGGACAGAGUUGCUGAUGGUACUCCCUGUGGAGCAGAAACCAAUGACCUUUGUGUUCAAGGCUUAUGCAGGCAAGCUGGCUGUGAUCACGUCUUGAAUUCCAAGGCAAGGAGAGACAAAUGUGGAAUCUGUGGUGGGGAUAAUUCUUCGUGUAAGACUCUUGCAGGUACUUUCAACAGUGCUCGUUAUGGUUACAAUGUUGUAGUGAAUAUUCCCAAAGGAGCAACAAACAUCGAUAUUCGUCAGCACAGCUACUCAGGGAAACCAGAAGAUGACAACUACCUUGCUUUAUCUGAUGUUCAUGGAAAUUUUAUCUUGAAUGGAAAUUUUGUUGUAAGCAUGUCAAAAAGAGAAAUCAACAUACAGGGGGCUAUUUUUGAGUACAAUGGUUCAAACAACACUAUAGAGCGAAUUAACAGCACUGAUAGAAUUGAGGAAGAGCUAAUUUUACAGGUUUUGUGUGUAGGGAAUUUAUACAACCCUGAUGUACGUUAUUCAUUCAGUGUCCCAAUAGAAGACAGAAACGAUCUGUUCACGUGGGAUCCUUUUGGACCCUGGCAGGACUGCAGCAGAAUGUGCCAAGGUAUUAGAAGGAGGAGAAUGACAUGCGUACGUAAAAGUGAUCAUGUGGUAGUGUCUGAUCAAAGAUGUGAACUUGCACCUUCUGUACCAGAAGUCUUUGAGGAGUGUAAUACAGAAUGUGAAUUAAGGUGGUAUAAUGUUGGCAAAAGUGACUGCACAUCCAAAUGUGGCCCAGGGUAUCGUUCUUUAGAAAUCCUUUGCAUGAAGUACUCCGCUGCAAAAGGACUCAGUGCCCCAGUGGAUGAUAGAUACUGUGCUGAUCAGCAGAAACCACCAACCAGAGAGGCCUGUCAUGGGGACUGUAUGUUAACAAGUUGGCACUACACAGAAUGGUCAGAGUGUUCAAGGAGCUGUGAAAGAGGUAUCAGAACCAGAGAAGCUUUUUGUAUGAACAAUCUGGGUCGUCAUCUUCCUGAGAGAGAAUGCCACAAACUUCCAAGAAUCGUAACACAGAGCUGCAAUGAAUUCUCGUGUCCGAGCUGGUCUUUUAGUGAGUGGAGUGAGUGUUCUGUUACAUGUGGCAAAGGAAUGAGACAUCGACAAGUAUGGUGCCAUCUUAAUGAUGAACAACUGAGAGAUGAUUUUUGUAAUCGAAAUGAUAGACCGGAAUCAGUAACACCAUGUGAACUUCAUGAAUGUGCAUCUUGGCAAGUAGGGCCUUGGGGAGCAUGUGCUGUAACAUGUGGCCACGGAUACCAGAUGCGUGCAGUCAAAUGUGUUGCUGGGACUUACGGAGUUAUUUUGGAUGAUGACAGAGAAUGUAAUGCUGCUACUCGUCCUAGAGACAGUCAGGAAUGUGAAUUACCCUCUUGUCCAGAAAAUACAAAAAUAUGGACUACAUCACUUCCUCUAAUUCAUAUGGGGAAGGUGACUCAGUGGAGAUAUGGAUCAUGGACACCAUGCUCUGCAUCCUGCGGGAAAGGUGAUCGUGCUCGCUAUGUGAGUUGCAGAGAUGUUCAUGGAGGAAUAGCAGAUGAAUCUUUCUGUGCUCAUUUACCACGACCAGCUGAAAUUUCAAGCUGCUUUAGCCCAUGUGGAGAGUGGCAAGUUGGAAAUUGGUCCCCUUGCCCAGUUACAUGUGGUAGUGGAGUAGUAACGAGGCAAGUUAUCUGUGUCAACUAUCAUCAACAAAUCAACGAGAAUUACUGUGAUCCUGAAGGCCGCCCUUCCAAAGAGCAAGAAUGUAACAUGCCGCCGUGUCCACCCGUUUAUCAUCAUGUUCCUAAAAUACAUGACCAUCCAAGCCAUUUUCCAGAAAUAGAUUACCUUCCAAUACGCUAUCCACAAGAUAAUGUCAACCAGUGGAACCGUCCUUCUGUGGGAGGAUACCAAUGGAGAACCGGACCCUGGGGAGCGUGCUCUAGUACUUGUGCAGGUGGAUUUCACCGUCGGGUUGUAGUAUGUCAAGAUGAGGAAGGAAGAAGUGCUAGCUAUUGUGAUGAGGCAACAAAACCACCAGAGUCAAGACACUGUGAUUCUGGACCCUGCCCACGCUGGAACUUUGGGAACUGGGGAGAAUGCACUCAGACCUGUGGAGAUGGAAUAAAGACAAGACUGGUGAUCUGUCAGCUUCCUACUGGCCAAAUGCUGGGUGAUCAAAACUGUGAAAUUCUCGACAAGCCACCUAAUAUGGCACAGUGUAAUGUGCAUUCUUGCCCUGGUGAGGUUUCAUGGCAUCGGGGACCAUGGAAAUCGUGCUCUGUUUCCUGUGGAAAAGGUUUGAAGUAUCGUGAUGUGCAUUGCUUUAAUAGUUUCCAAGCUAAAAUAGAGGAAGGAAACUGCAGCCAUUUAAAAAAACCACGGACACACAAAAUCUGUAGAGCUGGAAGAUGCCCUGCUUGGAAAACCAACAGAUGGAAAGAGUGUUCUGCAUCCUGUGGAGUGGGAAUUCAGCAAAGGGAUGUCUACUGUCAGCUGAAGGGCCUGGGUCAAGUGGAUGAAGCAAUGUGUAGUCAUGACACACGACCCCCUAGCAAGAGGCAUUGCUGGCUACCUGCCUGCGUGCAGUACAAGUGGUUGACAGAUGAAUGGGAAGAUUGCUCAGCAUCACACAGAAGAAAAGAAAUACACCGGGAAGUUAAGUGUGUGGAUGAAAAACAGAUCCAAGUGGAUGAAAGCUUCUGUGAUCCUGCCCUAAAGCCACCAUCAGCCAAAAAUUGCAGGGCUGCUCCUUCUAAAUAUGUUGUACUUACAGGAGAAUUGUCACAGUGCUCGAGCAGCUGUGGGGCUGAUUACCAGCAGAGGAUCACAUACUGUGUUGGAAUCUAUUCCAUUCCAAAGAAACUCGACAAUGGUCUCCGACCUGCAGCACACCGAGAAUGCCCAGUGACCCCCUCUCCAUACAUUUAUAAAUGCAAUAUCAAAGGAUGUUCACAAGCAGCUACUUGGAAAGUGGGGAAGUGGACCAAGUGCUCAGCGCCUUGUGGAGUGGGGGUAAAGGAAAGGACGGUAGAAUGUAGGACUGAAAAUGGCUCAACCAGUGACUUGUGCCUGACACGUUUAAAACCAGCUGCCAGAAAAAUCUGUCAAGCAGAAGAAUGUGAAAAUCUCACCACCUGCAAAGAUGUCCAGAUUAAAAAAGGAAUUAGAAAUGAUGGUGAAUACUUGCUUAACAUUAAAGGGAAGAUGAUAAAGAUUUAUUGUGCAGACAUGCACUCAGAGAAUCCCAAAGAAUAUCUGACAUUGGUAAAAGGUGAAGCAGACAACUUUUCUGAAGUUUAUGGAUUCAGGUUGCAGAAUCCAUAUGACUGUCCUUUCAAUGGAAGCAGACGGCAAGACUGUGCCUGUCGAAAUGACUACCUUGCAGCUGGCUUCACUGUUUUUAGCAAAAUAAGAAUCGAUGUUGCCUCCAUGCAAAUUCAAACCACAGAUUUUCUUUUUGCUCAGACUGUACUUGGGAAAGCAGUUCCAUUUGCAACAGCUGGAGAUUGCUACAGUGCUGCCAGAUGUCCACAGGGACAGUUCAGUGUUAAUUUGGCUGGUACAGGUCUGAGAUUAUCCAGUACAGUUAGGUGGAUUGCCCAGGGCAACUACGCAACUGCUGACAUACACAAAUCCCAUGAUGGCACUAAAAUAUAUGGAAGGUGUGGAGGAUUUUGUGGGAAAUGUAUUCCUAACACAAUUAUUGGUCUCAAACUUCAAGUACAGUGAAAACUCUGAUGUGGUAAGGACAUCAAAGCAGGAAUUAUGUCCUUUAGGUGCAAAUUACAGGUGCUGUUUAUAUAUAUUUUAAUUCUUUGAUCUCUGAAAUGCUCUGUACAGUAAAGCUCACUACUAAGAAUUCCUUGCAGUUUUCCUCAGUGCUUAUUCAGGGAUAUAAUAUCUAUUUGUGAGCUAACAAG